AUUGGAGGACAGGCAGAGGGAGGGUUAAGGCUGAGCAGAGUUGCGAGGCAAAACGGAGGGUCACAUGAGCACAGAUCUGUUUACAAACCCAAGGCAGAACAGAGCAGUGCAGAAGGCGUCGUCAGGGAAAGGCAGACUGCAGGCUCACAAUUAAAAAAAAAAAAAGCAAUUGUGGACUCAAAGAGGAAGAGAAGAGUGCCAUGACAAAGCCAACUGGAAGUGCGAGAGAUUGCUACAGAUAGACUCUAUGGUGACACACGCAGGCUUUGUCUAUUUUUUUUUUUCAUCUGAAAAAACAGAUGGUCGGAGGAAGAGGAUCCACCUUCCCCAUACAAACACGCACAAACGCCAGCUCUGAGUGAGAAACCAACACUCAGCAACAAAAACAGCAAUGCCAUCUUUGGGACUGUUGUAUGACGUUUUCCUCACUUUGUUUGGCCUUUGAGCGGAGCACAUCUGUGGCUUCUACACUGAGGUGGAAUACCCUCUCCAACAUCAGUGGACUGGAGGACAAGACAGCAGAGGACGCGAGAGGGGGGAGAAUGAGAGCUGAGAAAAUCCUCUGUUAAAAAAAAACAGCUUUAGAGGGGCAAGACAAAGCAGACUAAAGACAGAUUAUUAUCGUCAUUGAUCGACAAAUGUCAUUGUGAUCAGUGGAUGACAUUGGAGACAGCCCUGCAGACGACAAACACAAGUCAAAGAGGGUCUUUCUCUGCUUUGUGUGUAAAUAUUGACCGUGCUGUUGAUGAUGUUAUGACUGCGCAUGAUUCACAUUUUGACAACAACUCGCAAAAUAACCCACGGUAUGAGGCAAGCGAUGGUCCAAGCCACACAACAAGAUUCCUUUGUCUUCCCUGAUGACAUCAGUUAUACUGGCAUCCAAGAGCACAUGAGGUUUUUAGACGUUGUCCAAACUCUUGUCCCAAAUAUCCCAAUCUUUGCACGGAGUGGUUAAUCCAGAUUUGGGAACGCUGGGCCGCACAGACUGCUGAGCCAACAAAACCACACCUCUCAAGGAUUUAUGGAAAUCUGAGCAAAUCUGAAAAACUUUAGGCUUGUAUUUGGUCGAGCUCAGCACACAGUGACUGAUCCCAGGCACCAACCACGAGUCUGAGAGUUUGGCCUUCAUUCAGGCUCAGCCUUCUUCUUAAAGGGUCUGAAUUUAUUGCUGCUGCCCCAGGAAUCAUAUUUCAUGCAACCAUUCCAAUGGUGUAACGGAUGCCUGUGCAGUUUGAAUUCUCUCAGCUCUGAAAAGGACUGCAGCAUGACGUCUGACAUGUAUCACCUGCCGCUCAAUGUGUAUGUCAUCGUGCUGGGCAUUGGCCUCUUUGUCUUCAUGCUCAGUCUCAUCUUCUGCUGCUACCUUUUCAGGUUGAAACAACAAGGAACGAGGGAGCAGUUCAGCUAUAAUGAGGUGGUGCUCAAGGGGGCAAGUAAGAAACUCAGCCUGCUUGGACAAACCUGUGCAGUGUGUCUGGAAGAAUUCAGGACCCGAGAUGAACUGGGUGUGUGCCCGUGCUCGCAUGCAUUUCACAAGAAGUGCCUGCUAAAGUGGCUGGAGAUCCGCAACGUGUGCCCAAUGUGCAACAAACCCAUCUUGCGGCUCCACACAGAUGCCCCGCAAGGCGCCGAGGGUACUCUGGAGCCAGAGGAGGUGUGAGGCUGGGAGCAAUGAGACCCGCACUUCUCUUGCAACCAUUUAAUUACGACUAGAGAUGAUCAUCUCGCAGGCACUGCUGUUUAUGAUCCCAAGUGGCUGUAUUGCCACUGGCCUCUGAGCAAUAUUCUUAGGUGGGAAUUGGAUACCGACAGGUAGGGUAGAGUCAGGAGAUGGGGGAAAGGCUGUAUAAAUAAGACAUUUCCAUUGCAUUGGUCCUCACUUAGCUUCCAUAUCGCACUACUCAGCAACAACCUGACUGGAAAGGAGGCACCACGACUGCAGCACUGCUGGCCACAGUAUAACAGUAGCGGUACUGAUACCUCUACCAUCUCAGGGGUGUUACCAAUCCAGCCAGCACAAACCAUGUCAGUCACACCGUAAUCCACACGUGCAUAUUACAAUCAAGUCUGCCGCUGUGUAGGUGCAAAACUCAAGAGGUAGCCACGCCCUCUGGAUGACAUCACGACCAGCAUAAAGGAUAUAAGUAGGCAGUUUUUCUUUUCAGAUGUGUACCAGGAACUUUCUUUUUAAAAGAGGAUAGAAACUAGCCUGUAUGUAACUGUACGU